UUUUUUUUUUUUGCAGGAGAUUUUUUUUUUCUUAGAUAAAAUAAAGAUUGAAGUACAAUGUUUAGAAAUCAAUACGACAACGAUGUUUCAACUUGGUCACCUCAAGGUCGUAUACAUCAAGUAGAAUAUGCAGUCGAAGCAGUUAAACAGGGAUCAGCUGCUAUCGGUUUAAGAAGUAAUAAAUAUGCUAUUUUACUUGCCCUGAAGCGUUCAUCUGGAGAACUUGCCUCAUAUCAAAAAAAGUUAAUUAAAAUUGAUGAUCACAUGGGUAUUGGUAUUGCAGGAUUGACCUCAGAUGCUCGUGUUUUAAGUAACUUUAUGCGUUCAGAAGCCAUGAAAUCAAAGAUGUUGUAUGACAGACCAUUACCUACACAAAGAAUUGUUAAUGCAAUUGCAGAUAAGGCACAAGUCAACACUCAACAAUAUGGACGUAGACCAUAUGGUGUUGGUCUUCUUGUCAUUGGUUAUGAUGAAACUGGACCCCAUCUCUUUGAAUGUUCUCCUUCUGGCACUAGUUUUGAAUAUUAUGCCAUGUCCAUUGGUGCAAGAUCUCAAUCUGCCAAGACAUAUCUUGAAAAAUAUCGUGAGGAAUUUACUGAUGCUUCAUUGGAUGAACUUGUUCGUCAUGGUCUUCAAGCACUUCGUGACACAUUGCAACAAGAUAAAGAUCUCAAUAUUCACAACACAUCUCUUGGUAUUGUAGGUGAGGAUCAUCCAUUCGAGAUUAUUGAAGGAGAAGCACUACAGAAGUAUUUAGAUUUACUUGGUGAAGAUAAAGGAAGAAGAAGACCGGCAGGUCCUGGUGGUGCUACUGGCUCUAAUAAUACUGAUGAUAACUCGGAACAGCAUGAGCCUGCUGUUGCCGUUGGACUUGAAGCAGCAGAACCAAUGGAUACUGAUUAAAAUAGUUUUAUUCGUUGAAAACAAAAAAUAUAUUUACUUUUUUAAACAAUAAAUAAAAUGUAAAAAAAAAAAAAAGAAAAAA